AUGUUGCAUUUGGGUUUACCACGUAACAGUACUCUAUGUCUAGAAUACCAGGUGUCCCUGCUAGAUGUAAUUCCCGAAUAUAUAUCUCUUGGCCACAUGCUCCCUCAGGAAAUCCAACCAGAAUGGAUGAAGAAUGCUGUCCAUUUGAUGCUUCAUUCUGCAGUAGAGCAGGUACUUAUUCUUGGAGAGACCAAAGUAGAUAAGCUUGCUGAAGGCGGCCCAGCAAAAGGCAUGGAUCCACCUUCGGGAUACCGCAAGAUCCUCUUCACUUCAUUUGGAAAGAGACGUCUCCGUCGAAAAUCUAAGGCGGCUUUGUGCCGGGUUUCCCUAUUUGAACUUGAAGGCCACAUCCUGGAGCUACUAGAAGAUGCAAUGAGCGUGCUAGAGGCUCCACUUCUUCGACGGCUCGAGCUGGAAAAUGCCGGGUGGUGUGAAUGUGAGCGAGAACAACUCAGUUAA